ACCUCUUCACCCAUUGGAUUUCUCCCUCCCUCUCUUUCUCUCUCUCUUUCUCUUUAUCAACCAGUAGUUUAACUUCAGUUCUUUUAAAGAAGUUUUGAUGGCUCUGAUCUCUCAUCAUCAUCUUUUUCCUUCUUCAAGUAUCUUACUGUAACCAUCCACCCGCUUGUAACUUCAGUCUUUCCACAUUUCUUGCAGCUCUGUUUGUUUUUCUUUGCGCAAACUAAUUAAAAGCUCCAAUUAUUCUUCUCUCUUCAAUUUCAUAUCUUCUUCUUCUUCUUCUUCUUCUUCUUCUUUCGCUCAUGAAAUAGUAUGGAUUCCAUGCAGAAUCUACCUCUCAGAUUUUCUACAUGAAGAUUUAGACUAGUGCUCAAUAUUUCACCAUCAUCAGCUCCAAGCUCACUAAUUAGUAGCAUAAGACCAUCACUUCCACUGUUUUCUCCACACACCUCAAGAGUCAACUCUCUAGGGUUCUCUAUAGCAUCACGAGAAGCCAAAUAUUAGAGGAAAGAGCCCUAAAAAAAAGGCGAAGACCAACUCUAGCUUGCUAAUAUUAUCACCAAAUCUCAUCUCAUUUAAGAUCUGGUCAAGAAAAUUUCAUUUUCUAUGGAUUUAGUUUCACCACCACCACCACCACCACACAGUGCGGGCUACUCAAGCCCCCCUCACGCGAACCCAAUCGCCACCACACCAAACACUCCAAAUAGCGCAAGCUCUCCAUCGCCAUCAAAUUCCACAACUCCCACGACUCCAAGCCGCUAUGAGAACCAAAAACGCCGAGACUGGAACACUUUCUGUCAGUAUCUCCGCAACCACAGGCCCCCUCUUUCUCUCCCCAUGUGUAGUGGCGCCCAUGUCCUUGAGUUCCUCCGCUACUUGGACCAAUUUGGGAAGACCAAAGUCCACAACCAGACUUGUCCUUUCUUUGGACUCCCGAACCCGCCUGCCCCCUGUCCAUGCCCCCUCCGACAGGCGUGGGGGAGCCUCGAUGCACUAAUUGGGAGGCUCAGAGCGGCCUAUGAGGAGCACGGAGGGAGACCUGAAGCGAACCCGUUUGGUGCAAGAGCCGUGAGGAUUUAUCUGAGGGAGGUUCGUGAUUUUCAGGCCAAAGCGAGAGGCGUUAGCUAUGAGAAGAAGCGAAAGAGGCCGAAACAGAAGGUAACAGUUACACCACCACCAUCUGAUUCUGGUUCAAAUGGGUGAAAAAUAAUGAAAAAAAAAAAAAAUGUUUUAAGUAAACUAAAAUGAAUAACAACAGAGACCCGGUUAUGUCUUGCGUUAAUACUUUGCUUUAUAAGUAAUGUAUAGGGAUGUUUUUACUUAUUUUGUGUUGUUUUUGCAAGUUUCAUUUUAGGUGUCUUGAAUGUACUUUGAUUUGCUUAUUGCUAUAAAUUACGAAUUAUGUUUUCGCUAUUUGGGUACCUUCAAAAUGAUAUUGCUCUUUCAGAGGACUGUUGAAGUAGCUGAAAAUGUAGUACAAAUUAAUGAGUGCAGCA